AUUUUGGCGGGAGAGGGAGGACCCUCGGAGCUCAACCCAAGCUAGAAAAAAUGGCAGCGGAAGCGGCGGAGGAAGGUGCCGGAACCCUAGGCUCCGCGGCGACGGCGGCGGAGGAGUUCCUCGUGUGGAAGAAGAACGCCCCCUUCCUCUACGACCUCGUCGUCUCCCACGCCCUCGAGUGGCCUUCUCUCACCGUCCAGUGGCUCCCCUCCUCCUCCUCCUCCUCCUCCUCCGGCGGCGGCGGGGGCGGCGGCGCCGGAGGCCCCCUCCGCCGCCGCCUCCUCCUCGGCACCCACACCUCCGACGAGGACCCCAACUCCCUCAUGGUCGCGGAGGUCCAGCUCCCCCUCGCCCCUCCCCACGACGAAACCCUAAUCCCAACGGUCACGAUCGCGCAAUCCGUGCCGCACCAGGGGGAGGUGAACCGCGCGCGCUACAUGCCGCAGAACCCCGCGGUGGUCGCCACGAAGACGUGCGGGCCCGAGGUGCGCGUGUUCGACCUCGGCUGCGGCGGCGGCGGCGGCCCCGACGCUGUGCUCAAGGGGCACGAGACCGAGGGGUACGGGCUCUCCUGGAGCCCGUUCAGGGAGGGGUAUCUGUUGAGCGGGUCCUACGAUUCCAAGAUCUGCUUGUGGGAUUUGGGGGGCGGUGCGACCGGCGGGGCGAUUCUUGAUGCCAAGAAUGUGUUUGAGGCUCACGAGGAUUUAGUUGAAGAUGUGGCUUGGCAUUUAAAGGAUGGAAAUAUAUUUGGGUCAGUUGGAGAUGACCAUAAGUUGAUGGUUUGGGACUUGCGUUCCUCUACAUCAAAACAGCCACAACAAUCUAUCAUUGCUCAUCCAAAAGAGGUCAACUCCAUAUCCUUCAGCCCAUUUAAUGAGUGGAUCCUGGCUACAGCAUCUGCUGAUACAACUAUUAAACUAUUUGACUUGCGAAAGCUAGCAACAAGUUUGCAUACCUUUUCCAGCCACACGGCGGAGGUGCUUCAGGUUGAAUGGAGCCCUAAUCAUGAAACUGUUUUAGCUUCUUCUAGUGCCGAUAGAAGAGUGAUGGUCUGGGACCUUUCCAGGAUUGGGGACGAACAGUCAGAAGAAGAUGCAGAUGAUGGGCCGCCUGAACUUCUGUUCGCUCAUGGGGGCCACAGAGCCAACAUCACGGAGUUCUCAUGGAACCCUGACGAGCAAUGGGUCAUCGCCAGCGUGGCGGAGGACAACAGCCUCCAGAUCUGGCAGAUAGCGGAGAGCAUAUUUCGUGACGAUCACAAUAUGCAGGACGGUGAUGAUUUAUGUGCUACCGCUUAAAGCUUCUCUGUGCAAUUUAGCUGUUCUUUUAACUCCAAUGAGAAAUUUGGAUAGCAUUGCAACAUGCUUCAGUAAAACUUACAUUUCUCUGCUUGAUCUUUAUCAGAGUUGAUUUCAUGCUCAGGUUAACUAUUUUGAGCUGAUGGAAAGUUUAAAUAUGUUCUAUAUGAGAUAUUAUUCUUUGUGUGGUUUAUUUUGGGGAAAACUUCAGAUACCUCCUUGUAGUUUC